AACUGGUAAUUUUUGGAGUCCGAAGGCAAAUUUUGAAAUCAAGUCCAUUUGAAUUAUAGUAGCACAGUUUCUACCUCACAAAUCGGUCACUUUUGCUUCGUUAACUGAUAGUUUUAUUACAUCAAUUUCAAAAUCAAUGAAACUUUGAUAUUGAGUACAAACACGCCAAACCUAAAAUAGCUUUUCGGGCCCUAAACGUUAUCGGACUUUCGAGAAACAGGACCCAGGUUUCUUGGCUGUUCAUCAUGAGAUCAACUGAUUAUGUCACAUAUUAACACUAAUAUUCUUUUGUCGUUUUCGCAGGCUUAUGAACCCUUUUAUGGUGCUCGAGUAUUUGUAGUGUUCGCAAGUAGAAGAAGGAAACUUCUCAAGUACGAUGAAAAAGAAGCAAAACAGAAUCUUUUUUAUUUAAGGUGUACUUUUUGUGCACAUUUAUAACUUGAAUGAAAAGGAUUAUAGUAAAGGAAUUCUUUCUCUGAUGUUUUUCAGGAUAAACUUUUUACCAGAUUUGGCUGGAAAAGUAAUGAGCAAGAAAGCGGAAUAUGUAAGUAUGGAAAACGCUUGAUAUACAUGAAAAAAUUUGGGUCAAGGUAACAACACUAUUUCAGUUUCCACGAUCCUUAAGCCCCGCCGCACGUAUCGGGAUAUUUUUGAAAACGGAGAUUAUUUUUCUCCGUUAUUAGCCUUCCUUCCAUGGGCACCAAACUGCGGGUUUCCAGAGUGGGGAUCUUUGAAAACGCCUAAUUAUCGUUUUCGCGAAGACGGAAGAAAAGCGAAAUUUUCGAAUACGAUCUUCGAAGAGCGCACGGGACGUUAUCUUAUUUGUAUCGCUUUUGCGUUUUCGUGCCGUGGAUGGGUAAAAACGAUUGAAAUACGCUGCGUCUCGAUACGUACACUUUUGAAAAGUGUAGAAGAGGCCUCAGUGACCUCCUUAGUUCCUGUGUUUGCAUGUCAACCAGCAGAACCGAAACUUACAAGAAUAUCGUAGAACGGCAUUUGAUGUAAAAAGUUUUGAAUAUUCUUCAACUAGCACCUUUUAGAUUUAGAAUUAUAUAUAAACAUACCCAUAACUCGGGGUGUCGGGUAUGUGGUAUGCAAAUCAGUGGGGUUGGCGUAAGUGAGCUUUCUUGAGCGGUAUGACCAAGGUUAGAAGUUACCCUAACCCUCCUAAUAGUUGCAAAAGAAAGAACGAAAGAAAGGCGCUUUCGUGCGUGAAGUGAUUUUCACGCGCGCUCGCGUUUCGCACGCUCUACUAUCCCUGAGGAAAAAUGGGGACUACUCGUAGUCUAGGGGACUGAGCGCGGAUUUUGAUAACAGAAUAAAACACUGAACAGAUUUUGCCCUCGUUAUUUAAAAGGAGUAUCAGGUGUAUCAAGUAUCACUUCUUUUUUUUUUUUUCAGAUCUCACGUUACGGAGAACAGAUUAUUAGUGUCACAGUCAUGUUGGGUUGUCUUGGAUACGAAGGCUACGUCACUUUUACUGACCUUGCUGUAAAGCCCAUAUACGGUAAAAAGCCAUGAAAUGACUUAUCGAUGUGCACGAACUGUUUAUUUUGAAAUAGCGUUAUGUCCUUACAGUUUUGUGUAUUGUUCUACAACCUCUUCCCAGGGUCUUCACGUUUUUCAUUAUGGCAGUGUUAUAGUCAGGGUUCGCAAAUACGCCAAAUUUGGCGUAUUUUACGCCAAAAUUGUUCAGAUGACUCCACUGAGGUUAUGGAGGGAGUCACUUCGACUCCAGAAAUUUUCAGUAACAAACAUAGUUUUGUCCUUACCUUUUUCGCAACAAAUACAAUUUACAUUAAUUGUAAACGUUGUAAACCUUAAUUAAAUCAUCGAAAUUAAAGAAUUAUACUGCACGGCAAAACAGGAAGGGGGUAAAUUACGAUCGAAGUUUACUGGAUGACCGCCAUCAUGGAUUUGAGCUUUUCCAGGUCAGCGGACCGCCAUAGCUACUUAGUGUAUCCCUUACGAUAGUUUAUAUACGCCCGGAUCACGUGCUGGAAAGUAUGAAAAUGGCUUUUUUCGUUGUGAUACUUGAAUCCAAAUAUUCCAAAAUGACUCCGAAAUUUGUGAAGCAGACGUCACACUGACUCCACUCAUCAAUAAAAUUUGCAAACCCUGUAUAGUGAUAUGGGCAUCCUCGCGUCGGUUUUGGGCAUCCCCAUUCCCAAAACCCUAGUGAUAUGGGCAUCCCCUUCUCAUAUUACCUUGGCGUUUUGGGUUAGGGUUAGGGUUAGAGGGGAUGCCCAUAUCAUUAGGGCUUUGGGAAUGGGGAUGCCCAAAACGCGGGGAUACCCAUUAAUAUCACUGUGACAGCGGCGAAGGGAGAGAUCUUCUCUUUUAGAGAACAAAAGAACCCUGGGACGAGGAUGCAUUGUUCUGUUCUUAUGGUUUGUUUGAGAAAGUUGGUGUGUGCACUGAUAAAAAAAAAACCACUGAGUUCCCUACAGUCUGUUUUAGAUAAGAGACUAUGCCUUGCCUACGUUAAACAUUUAUCCUAUCACGGCAGGCUGAAUCAGACUAUCAGUAGGUUAACCUCUAAUCUAAAUGCCCAUCAACCUUAAUAAGUAUAUAUCAUUGUUAUCACUCUUAGAAUGCUUCAAAUUACAAUCAGUAUUAUUGAUUGUAGUAAUUAUAUUACAUGUACCAUAAUUAUCAUCAUCAUUAUUAUUGACUAUUAUUAUAUAAUUAUGACAGCUUUAAUAUGAAACUAGUGUUAAGUUUCACCAAUGUAGAGCGACUGUUCACAACUACAAAUGCUCAAUUGCUUUUUCUUUCACCAACAGCUUUUUAUUUUGUUUUAUAAAAUCAAUUUUUUUUAUCCAGAAAAAAUUAGAAGCCGGACCAAUAUCACACCAAAGAGCUUACUAGCCCCAUGCCAAGCAUCGACAAGAAGACCACAGUUGAAAUCAGGAGACUUUCUAACUGAAAUAUUGUAUUCUGCCUCUUCACCUACGGUAAGUUGUAACAACUUUAUAGGUUUGUAUUUUAAGAUAACCUCACGGUUUUAACUAAACGCUCCAAGAUUCAUCCGCCCUUGGGUUUUGCUUGGAUAAAGAGAUUUGUGCUUCACGUGGUCGACUUCGUGCUGAAAGCAACAAAAGAUUCGCAAAGCUCGCUAAAUUGGUUUUUUUUUUGGAGUGUCAACCGGUGCAGGAUUGAAUAACUUUUGGCCAACUCAAAACAGCUACCUCGCCUCCAACCUCGUUCAGUGUAGGGUCUUUAUUCGUCCCUUUUUGCCGAAAGGAAUGGGAGAGAGACCCUAAGAAUGAAUUUGCAACUUCCACCUUCCAUGUUUAUAUUCAUCAUCAUCAUCAUCAUCGUCAUCAUCAUCAUUGUCAUUGUCAUUAUCAUCAUCAUCAUUAUUAUCAUUAUAUUAUCACUACUAUAUUUUCUAUUUCUCUGUUUUGCUCUUACUUCUAGGAUUCCGACGCCAUCACUUUAGUGACACAGCUAACUUUUGACCGAAUAACCAUGUUGAAGAGGAUUUUAAGAUUUUGGAAUGGUAAUAUGACA